AUGUGGGACAUCAAACAUGGAAUGCAGGGUGGAGUAAAUGAAGUUGCAUGGAAGGAGAAAGGACACAGAGAUGCAAUCCUGCCAAAUGAGAAAGAGUCAGCCAAUGAAAAGGGAAACAAUGACAACAGUAGUUUAGAGAGAAAUUUGUACUUGGUCUCUACAACAAAUAACACGGACAAAAGCUUUGAUACUGAUUGUGCAAAGACUGGGCAGAAAGAAGAGAAUGACUUUGAGAACGGAGUUAAUACGCCUGAAAUCAAAGACAUAGAACGUGGCAGUGAAAAUAAAGAGGUAACAGUGGGACAUCAUACUGACAGUCCAGCAAAGAUCUUAUUAUCCGUAGAGAUCAAAGACCACAAGAUGAGCCCCUGCCAGGCUGAAAACACUCAAAUCUUGAGUCAUACUGUAACCAAAACAGGAGAGAAGCACCCCACAAAAAUAGCACCACUGUUGCACUGUGAAUCUAACAAAUUAGUUCUGCGUGACUCAACCGCUGAUAACCUGAAAAGAGCCCCAGAGGAAAGUAUAGAUGAGAUGGAGAUCGGAUUGGAAGUGGAGACAGAGAGCGCUGGAGAUAAGAUGGAGACAGAGCAGCACCACUGUUUGGAUGCCAGUCUAAAUGACAGACAGUGUGGGCCAGAUUAUAGAGAAGUCAGUGAGUUGUUUGAGCCAGGAGAGAGUGGGAAGGUCGGAGAUGAAUCAGUGAUGACAGCUGUGGACAGUAAGGGUGAGAGUAUAUCUACAGAGGAGUCAGGGAGAGGAAGUUGUGCCACGCUAUCGUUGCCCCAGGAGUGUGAGGCAGGGGGGUCAAGGGUUGAAUCCCGCUGUCUCCGUGGAAACCACCAGCACUAUGAAAAUGAACAAGCCACUAAUGGAAGCACCAGAGGGAGCAGCUCCAGCACAGCGCUGGACACAGAAAACUGUUUUACGUCUGGACAAAACUCCUCAGUGAAGGACUCGGACACAACUGCCAUAAGACGAAGAGAGAGUCUAGAAAACAGCAACCAAACCUGUUCAAUUUCACAUCAGCCUCUCCUGAUCCCCUCCUUUUCCUCAUUAAAGAGGAAGCAUGAGGUGCCCCAGCCCCAAAAUCUUAACCCUCCGUCCAAAAUCUCCCUCACCAGGCGUCCUCUAAAAUGGGAGCCACCUUGUUCCUCCCAGGAAAAAAAAGUUGAAAGAGGAGUCAGUGAGCGGAAGACAAUCAGGCCCAAAGCCUCUAAUCCUGAACACCUUGCUAUAGCCCGAGAACCACAGACUAAAGCCAGUCCUUCACAUAAAACAGAACGAGUGUUAGAUGCGCUUACUGACAUGUAUGCCCCGAAGCAAACUCAGCAAAGGCAGAGAGAGGUGGUAGAAAGGAGCCAUGAAUUCACUACGAAUGCUUCCGGACAAAUCCCGUCCUCUAUCACCUUCAAACCACCCAAGCACAAGCGAGGCAAAUUUGAGCCUCACCAGGCCGCAAAUGAGCCAAAAUCAUCCAAUACCAGUGAGACCAAGAACCAAUCCAGAGCUGGAUGUCUCACCGCAACCCUAACAUCUGACCCUAGAGUAAAGGAUUCUGGGAAGCUGAGCCCAGACGAGAAGAUGCAAAUGCUUGAGAAGGCUGAGCAGGUCAAGGCGCUGGUGCUCAGCAUGGUGUACAGAGACGGUACCACUCAGUUAGACCCAGAACAGAAGCUCACUCCCCCAGUGUGUGGCCUCCUCGUGCUGAUGAAGAACGAUCUGGACAGCAGCAUACCAGAGGACUCGCUCGGGCCAAAUGACAGUCUGGUCUACUUAAAACUGGAGCACACACCUGCAUGGGCCCAGCAACACACACACCACCAGAGCUGCCAGGAGCUUUUUACUAGAGAUAUGCUGCUACGGGUGCUGUCAAAAUCUCAGCUGGUGGCGGUGGUGUGCUAUAAGGCCAAGGAUUUGCUUCGGACAGCUCUGCAGUUUUACAAACAAGACCUAAACUGGAAACAAGUUGCAGGGUGUCGUAUCCAAGACCCACAGGUGUCAGGGUGGCUACUGGAUCCUGCAGAUCCCUCCUCUAACUACCAAGACCUUCUUAAUAAACACAUCAGAACAUCCCCAAAAACACCUGCACUGGGUACCAAGAAGGUUUCUCAGGUCAUCUCAGGUCUUUAUUCACUCUACUGGCUUAACACAGAGCUGUGCUGUAAACUACAGAGCCAGGGCCUGUGGGAGCUGUACUCAGACAUGGAGCUGAACAUGAUACCUGUUCUGGCCGCCAUGGAGAGUCAUCACAUCCACGUGGACAAAGAGGCUCUCAGAAGAACUUCAGACCUGCUGGGGACUAAGAUGAAGCAGUUGGAGCAGGAGGCUCACCGGGCAGCUGGACAAAUGUUUCUGGUCACCAGCAACACUCAGCUACGAACAGUUCUGUUUGAGAAGCUGCGCCUCCACGAGCGCUGCGAGAACAAGAAGCUUCCCAAGACGGUGAACAAACAACAGCAGUCAACAUCAGAAGCUGCAUUGUUGCAGCUUCAGGACUUGCACCCGCUACCAAAGAUCAUUUUAGAGUACAGACAGGUUCACAAAAUCAAGUCCACUUUUGUUGACGGGAUUCUCUCAUGCAUGAUGAGCAAGAGCUACAUUUCCUCUAUGUGGUACCAGACAAGUGCGGUGACUGGGAGAAUCUCAGCCAAACACCCAAACUUCCAGGCGCUGCCAAGACAGCCACUUCAAAUCACCAAGAAGCAGUACAUCCAGGGAAAGGAUGAAGAGGUGGUGACUGUUCAUCCUCGGGCCAUGUUCAUUCCUCAGGAAGGUUGGGGCUUUCUGGCUGCAGACUUCUGCCAGGUGGAGCUACGUCUGCUGGCUCACCUCUCUUCUGACCCUGAGCUACUCCGCAUUUUUACCAACCCUCAGGCCGACGUCUUUACCAUGCUGGCCUCUCAGUGGAAAGGGGUGAGUGAGGGCGACGUGACUUCUGAGGACCGAGAACACGCCAAGCGCAUCGUGUACUCUGUCGUUUACGGGGCAGGUCGUGAGCGUCUGUCGGGGAUCCUGGGGGUGAGCGCUGAGCAGGCGAGCCGGUUCCAGGACAGCUUCCUGCAGACCUACAGAGAAGUCCAGGCCUUCAUCCAGAGGACCAUCCAGCAGUGCCACAAACAAGGUUAUGUGUUAUCCAUCAUGGGUCGUCGGCGGACCCUUCGCAACAUCAACUCCCCAGACUGGGGGAUCCGCAUGCAGGCUGAGAGGCAGGCUGUCAACUUUGUGGUCCAAGGCUCGGCUGCUGAUCUCUGUAAGAUGGCCAUGAUCAGAAUCUUCAACCUCGUCUCGGCCUCUAGUUCGAUCUCUGCCAGGCUGAUCGCCCAGCUUCAUGAUGAGCUUCUGUACGAAGUGGAGGACUCCCAGAUGGAGCAGUUCGCAGCUCUGGUGAAGAGCACCAUGGAGUCUCUUCAGCACAUCGACCUUCUCGGAGUUCAUCUCAGAGUCCCCCUGAAGGUGGCAGUCUCCUGUGGCAAGUCCUGGGGAUCCAUGUCUGAGCUAAACAUCCCUCCAACAUCUCCUCCUCCCUCCCUUUAA